AUGAACCUCAUCCCCGACUACCAAUCUCAACACUCAAUUUACAAUGUCUCGUUCCGUAGCCAGAAUAAGUUGUCUGUAUCCUCGCCAGCGAAGGGAGCCUCGACACCACCGUUGAAGCAAGGCGUCCUUGGUUUCAGUGCUGCCAAACGUGCAGCGUCUUCUAGGUUCUCACAAAGGAACCCUCGAUUGUCGACCAAGCGAACACUCUCGUCUGCUGCUAACUCGAACAAGUCGAAUGCUAUUGAAAUCUCCAGCGACAGCAGCGAUGAGGGGGAUCAUAGCACUCAGAAUAGUGGAGGAAACGGGGAAACAGAGUCCCAAUUCAGGGUCAGCGGCACAAGUACUAGCAGCAAGCUAGACACUGUGGAUCCUGUUGGCCGUGAAGGUGAGCCUGCGCUGAAGAAGAGACGUGCCGUGAAGGGUGUCUUUGACUCGAGAGAUGGAACCGAAAAUAUCGAAGCCGCGGAGAGCACUUCACCUGAGGAGGCCUCAGUCCCGCUAAGUACAACGGAGCCUGUGAAUUGA